AUCACCACGGCUUGUGGCUGUUGACCGGUGUAGUCAAAAGGCAGGAUAGAGUGCUAAUGAUUUAUCUCCUUUUUCCAGAUUUCUUUUCACUCUUUUUGAGCCUUCGCUUUUGUCUGAACAUCGUCUGUUUUCCUUUGUCCUUGAAGUGAGAACUUAGUGACCAUGUCUGCAGAACUCUUCUCAUCCAAAAAAGAGGAAAAGCCUGGCUUGGGACCUAGUUUUAGGUCCAAUCAGAGGAAGAUGUUAAACCUGCUCCUGGAGAGAGACAAUUCCUUUACCAUCUGCCCAGAUCUUCCUAGAACUCCAGUGGACAAAGUUUGUGGUGAUUCUGCAAGUUUAAGCAUUUUGUCUGGAGGAACCCCCAAAUGUUGCCUUGAUCUUUCGAAUCUUAGCAGUGGGGAGAUAUCUACCACACAGAUUACCACUUCUGCAGACCUUGAUGAAACUGGUUACUUGGAUUCCUCAAGACCUCAGGAAAUACAGCUAGCUGGAAUGAAUAAUCAACAUCUUAUGAAAUGCAUCCCAGCAGAGCUGCGUUGUAGUACUCCAAAUGCUUUGAACUAUGGCCACAGGAAGAAUGAUGCAAUAUGUAGCUCUUCUGCAAAUAAAGAAAAUGAAAACAACACUUUGCAAUCCUUGGAGUAUUGGCAGUCCAGGAAUCUGCAGUUUCAAAAACAACCACGGGGCCUUUAUAUGUCUCCUCUUUCUUUACUGAACAAUGGAAACUUGAUGGAAAGUGAGAUGAAAUAUCUGGGCAGUCCCAUUACAGUUCGAAAAUUGGAUCGACUAGAAAACCAGGCAGAGGAGAUUUCAGAUGAACUGAUGGAAUUUUCCUUGAAUGAUAAAGAAGAGAUCAAUGCAUCUCUGAACAGAAGCUGUUUGCAUCGUUCUCCUUCAUUGCCAGAGAAUUUGAAUAGUCCAAGACUGAAGCAGGUGGCAAAAUUCAAGAAUAAUCCAAUACCAGAUAAAGUGAAAAAGAAGUAUUGUUCUGAUUACAAACAACUUGGGAAGAGCUUAUGUCUAAAGAAGACAGUCUCUCUCUGUGACGUGAAUAUCAUUCAGAUGCUAGAGGAAGAUUCCAACCAGGGGCAUCUGAUUGGUGAUUUUUCCAAGGUGUGUGCACUGCCAACUGUGUCAGGAAAACACCAAGAUCUGAAGUACAUCAACCCAGAAACAGUGGCUGCCUUGCUGUCAGGGAAGUUUCAAGGUCUGAUUGAGAAGUUUUAUAUCAUCGACUGCCGUUAUCCGUACGAGUAUCUAGGAGGACAUAUCCAGGGAGCCUUAAACUUGUAUAGUCAAGAAGAACUAUAUAACUUCUUUUUAAAGAAGCCCAUUGUUCCUGUGGAUAUCCAGAAAAGAAUAAUCAUUGUGUUCCACUGUGAAUUCUCCUCAGAGAGGGGUCCUCGAAUGUGCCGGUCUUUGAGAGUGGAGGACAGGGCUCUGAACCAAUAUCCUGCAUUGCACUACCCAGAACUGUAUGUCCUCAGAGGAGGAUACAGAGACUUCUUUCCAGAAUAUACGGAGCUAUGUGAACCACAGAGCUACUGUCCUAUGCAUCAUCAGGACCAUAAGGCUGAGCUGCUGAGGUGUCGAAGCCAGAACAAAGCCUGGGAAGGGGAGCGGCAGCUGCAGGAGCAGAUUGCCUUACUGGUGAAGGAUGUGAGCCCUUGAUAAUGGACCAGCUGCUAGCUGCCUAAGAGUAACCAGAGACUCUGCAGGAACCUCGAACAGAAAGAGUCCAUUAUCUACGUGACUAAACCCAAGAUUGUUAAAAGAUGUCUGCAGACCAACAGGUUGCCAAACCAGUGACAGCCCAGGCCUGGGGACUGGUCAAAUUUCUUAAGAGCUGUGGGCUGCUGGUGAAGUCUUGGUGCUGGCUCUAUAACAUCAAGCUUUGUGCUGUAACCUGGCACAGGCCUUGAUAUUGCUUCAGUUUCAUUUCCCUUCCCAACUACCCCUGUCUUUUCACAAGGCAGCCAACUCUUUUUGUCUCUGGGCUUCUGACUGUACCAGAGAGUUGCCCACCUUCUUUCUUUGUAUUUUCUUCUUUGUGCCCCCCCCCCCAUUUCUCAAAUGGGAAAAUAAACAUUUCAGAAUGAGA